GGGGCUGCAGCAACAGAGCCCAGAAGACUCCAUCCAACACUGACAGAUACCUGGACCAGAACCAGAACCUAGACUCUGACGGACUCAACAGGACUAAAGCUCCAGAGAUGUCCAGCUGUGUCCGGUCCGGUGACUGCGCCGCCGGGCUCUGCUGUGCCCGGUACCUGACCGGGAAGCGGUGCCAGCGGAUCCCGGUGGAGGGCGAGGCCUGCCUGCUGAGGAGGGCCCUGAAGAGGUCCCGGAGGAACCUGGACCGCUGCGACUGCGACACGGGCCUGUCCUGCGCCCCCACGGGCCCAGCGGAACCGGGCAGGAAGAAGAGGCAGGGGGUGUGCGUGGCCCGGCCCCGGCAGGCCCAGAGGAAGACCCGACACUCCGGGAAGAAGAGGAGGACGGCGGAGCGGACCUGCUGAAGGACUCUGAGAACUCUUUGAUCCAUGAUGACGAGGGGGACCGGGCGGGGCCCACGGGCCCUCACUUGCCCCUCUCAUCAAACAGACACUUUCUUCUUUUGUAAAUUUAUUCAGUAAAAACAUGAAAACUAAUCAAGUGGGCGGGGCCAGACUGGGUUUGAUUGACAGCUUAACUUCCUCCAGGAGGAAAAUAAGAGGUGUUGUUAGUAAAGUUACAAAAAUUACCACCAAUAUUUAUGUUUUAUUUAACCUUUUAUAAGAAAAAAAAAACAGGUUUAUUUUUCA